AAGCAGAAAACAACAAUAUCACCAAAACAACAACUUGCUCGUACAUAAUUGUGAUUCCAUUCAACUUCUCUUAACAAUUAACUAAAAAUGCACGGACGAUUAAAAGUACGCACCAGCGCUGAAGAAGCGGCUCGCAAGAAGCUGGAACAGCAACAAAAGGUUAAAAUGUUCCGUGCUGCAAUGGGUCGCAUAUUCGAGAAGAAAUCAGCACAGGAAUACGAUACGGAAAUGAUGGAACUAACGGCGAAGCUACUGGGAAGCAAUCCGGACAUUGCAACCUUAUGGAAUUUGCGUCGGAUGUGCAUUCUGGCGUUGAAAGAGCUAAAUGUUGAUGACAUUCAAAGUGUUUUCGAUAAAGAUCUUGGCUUUACGGAAAUGUGUCUUAUGGUGAACCCGAAAUCGUAUUGCGCGUGGCACCAUCGUUGCUGGGUACUGGAAAAUGCACCCAAAGCCGAUUGGCAAAAGGAGGUAGAACUGUGCACAAAGUAUCUGAAGCUAGACGAGCGUAAUUUUCAUUGCUGGGAUUAUCGACGAUAUGUGGUGGAAAAGGCCGGAGUCACUCCGGAGAAGGAGUUCACAUUUUGUACGGAAAAGAUCGAGAAAAAUUUCUCUAACUAUUCCUCGUGGCAUUAUCGGAGCAAACUGUUGCCGGUGCUCUACCCGAACGCGGACGAACCGAGUCGACCGAUCAGCGAAGAAAAGUUGAAGGAAGAGCUGGAACUGGUCCUUACUGCAGCGUUUACCGAUCCGAACGAUAGCAGUGCUUGGUUUUAUCAACGGUGGUUACUUGGUUACUCGCAACCCGAGCUAGAUCUAGCCGCCUGUCGAAUCGAUGCCAAGCAAAACCUCGCCGUACUAUCUUUUAGUGUACCGAUCGAUUUAGCAUCGGGUGGAUUUGAAUUGAUCGUUUCAUGCUGUGAUAUGUGCAACGAUACUACCAAAUGGAUGCCGGCUAAUGAAGGAAACACGUUCGAUACAACGUGGAUUAUGAAAGGAUCGUUCGUAAUCAAUGAGGAACGUGAUUCAACGGUUACUCUUCUCACAUCGGAUAAAACGAAGCAUGUUCUUGAAAUUCACACCACAUCCACAGAACUUGCGGUUGGAGUAAAGAAACCAAAGUUUGGCUACGAAUUCGGAUCAGCCAUCGUAGACGUGCUAAAGGCGCAACUCGAAUCAUGCAAAGAGUUGUUAGAAUAUGAACCGGACAGCAAAUGGACGCUGCUUACUGCGGCCCUACUAAUGAAAGCGAUCGAUCGUCGCGGAUAUUACGAAACCAUACGUCAGCAUCUGACCAAGCUGGAAACGGUCGAUGCACUCCGGAAAGGUUAUUAUCUGGAUCUGGCAAGCAAAUGGUCUAUCGAAAAUCGACUAGCUGAAUGGAUCGAAGCAGGAAAUUUGAGAUCGGAAAUUGAUUUAUCCGGUCUGCAACUGACCGUUGUGAAUUAUGUGCAAUACUUCGUGACAGCUGAUGUUAUUAAUUUAAGCACCAACCGGCUGAUCGAUCGCAAUUUGGGAGUGUUACGUGAGCUAGUGUUUUGUAGAAAGUUGAACUUAGCGAACAAUGCACUACGAACGGGUGCAACGGUAGAGAAACUAUCGUGCGUGCAUGAAAUUAUACUAAAAGGUAACGAGGAGCUUCUUAAGAACGAAGCAAUGGUGGAAGAAUUACAAACCAAAGUAAAGAGCUUAGUGCUGUAAGUACAUUCCUCUUAAGUCACGGAUGCAAUUAUCGGUGUGAGUUAAGCACAAAUACAUAUUUUCAUCACAGCAAAUUUAAAAACUAA